GGGGAGCGCGAGAAAGAGAAAAAGGGGAGACUCGGACUCUCGGCGGCUGUCGGUCAGCGCCGGAGUGUUGGCGCGAAGCGAGACGGCGCUGUCGGGAGGGAACGCGAACGGCCGGUAAGAACAUGAAGGAGUGCCUUUGGAAGUAUGUUUCAAGACCCGCGGCCUCCGGGCAGUGAACUGGAUUGAUUUGGACGCAAAAAGCCAUGCAUCUGUGGCUAGCGGGCGGCCUGAACAAAUGCGUUCCAGGUCCUUCGCAUCAUGCUGAGCCCCGGUAUGGGAAGUGCUCGAAGGCGAGUUGACGUAGCCCAGACUGACCUUUGUGGCCAAGGUCACGCGGGAACCAGCUCUGCAAAAGCCACUCUGUCCAGAAAGUUCUUUGAGUUUUGUUUCUUUCCCUGUCUGCCCCGUUUUCUGUACUGUAUUAAGGCCGUCACAUUCGGGAGCGUGCAGUAACGCGUGAACAGCUGCUAUGGGAUUGUUCGACAAAACCAGGGAUCCUUGUGUUUCCAAAACAAAAGAAGAGCUCUAACGCCUGCGUCGAUCACUGCACUUGAAACCUGUCUGUGUACUUAAUGGUGAAAUCCUCAGGACUACAGAUCCCAGCGGCUGUUGGUGAGGCCGAUGGCCAUGCCGUGAGAGCAGCCGUGACAUCGGUGUAGCCAUGACGGAGCCCCACCGGGUCCAGCUCACCUCUCUGCCGGGCCCUCUGAGCACCACCCUGCUGAAAAAAUCUCGCCGAGAGGACCUCGCAGGAACGGAACCCCCCCAGGAACCCGAGCCGGCUGCCGCGGCGGUCCGCAUCGCCCUCACCCUUUUUGAGCCAGAUCACAAGCGUUGCCCCGAAUUCUUCUACCCUGAGUUGCUGAAGAACACGCGUGGGAAAGGGAAAGGUAGUUCUGCGGGAGAAAAGAAAAAAGACCUUGCUGAUCCCUUCCACGAUGAGGAAAGAGAGCGGCACAGAGUGGAGGCACUGGCCAGGAAGUUCGAAGAGAAAUACGGCGGGAAGAAGCGCAGGAAAGACCGCAUCCAGGACCUGAUCGACAUGGGAUACGGCUACGACGAAUCCGACUCCUUCAUCGACAACUCGGAAGCCUACGAUGAGCUCGUUCCGGCCUCUCUAACAACCAAGUAUGGCGGGUUUUACAUCAACUCCGGGACCCUGCAGUUCCGGCAGGCCUCAGAGUCAGAGGAUGACUAUAUUAAAGAGAAAAAGAAGAAGUCGCCAAAGAAGCGGAAGUUAAAAGAAGGGGGCGAGAAGAUGAAAAAGAAGAAGAAAGAUGAUUCUUACGACAAGGAAAAGAAAUCUAAAAAAUCCAAGUUCCCCAAAACCGGUUUCACAGCCCUGAACGCGAGCAAAGAGAAGAAGAAGAAGAAAUAUUCAGGGGCCCUAAGCGUCAAGGAGAUGCUAAAGAAAUUCCAAAAGGAGAAAGACGCCCAGAGCAAGAGGGACGAGGAGCCGAGCGUGGCCGUCCCAGCCCUGGCCGAAGCCCCAGCUCCACGGGAGGCAGAGAGCGUGUCCGACCCCCUCCUCUCCCUCUUUGGCCACACCAGCGACAACGAGCUACUCCAGGCGGCCAGCGCCAUGGACUCCCUGACGGAUCUGGACCUGGAGCAGCUGCUCAACGACUCCCCGGAGGAGAACCCCUUCCAGGACGUGGAGGACGGGAGUGACCCCCUCGGGGUGGCCCUGGAGCAAGAUGUCAAGCAGCCCCUCGCCCUCCCCGAGGGGCUGCCAGGGCCUCUGGAGAAGCGCAUCGAGGAGCUGAUGCAGGCGGCCAGGACUGCAGAAGGCGAAGGGAAGCACAAGUUCUUCACCCAGAACAUCAACAACAUCUUGUUAGACAUUGAGCUGCAAACCCAGGAAUUGAACAGCCAGAUCCGGUCCGGGGUGUACGCUCACCUGGCCUCCUUCCUUCCCUGCAGCAAAGAUACCCUGGUCAAACGGGCCCGCAGGCUGUACCUCUACGAGCAGGGCGGCCGACUGAAGGAGCGUCUUCACAAGCUCAAGGAAGCCAUCAGCCGGGCGAUGCCGGAGCAGAUGUCCAAGUACCAGGAGGAAUGUCAAGCGCACACUCAGGCCAAAUUUGCCAAGAUGCUGGAAGAGGAAAAGGACAAGGAGCUGCGGGAGCGGGUCUGCUCCGAGGACGAGGACGACGACGAUAAGGGAGGGAAGCGCAUCAUGGGGCCCCGGAAGAAGUUCCAGUGGAACGAGGAAAUCAGGGAUCUGCUCUGCCAGGCGGUGAAGCUCAAAGUGGACGGGUACGAGCUGGAGAAGAACAAGGCCCAGUCGAUGGAGGACUACGUGAAAGCCUUCCUGGAUGCCGAAGUCAAGCCUCUGUGGCCCAAGGGCUGGAUGCAGGCGCGGACGCUAUUCAAGGAGAGCAGGCGAGUCCACGGCCACCUCACUUCCAUCCCAACAAAGAAGAAAGUCAUGGCUCCUCCAAAGGUGAAGGGGAAGGAGCCAUCUGGCAAGCCGGAUAAGAAGGUGCCCCUUUCAGUGCCGUUGAUCCACUCGAGCUGCGUGGUCUCACUUUCUCCAGAGCCGCAGGGGAUCACCCUCGGCCUCAGCCCUCAAACCAGGGAGCUCUUGGCGAUGAGUUCCACCUCCGUCUCGAGCAGUACCGCAGCCCAGGCCGCCUUCAGCAUGGACGAUUCUCUGGACGAGGACUUGAUCCACAACGCAGCCUCGUCCUUGGAGGCCGUCUCAAAGGAGCUGGCCGUGCUGAACAGCCGCACGGGGGGCAGCCCUGACUUUACCCUUCCCACCACCCACAAGGCACCUGCAGAGAAGCCCCCCAUCCCGGCGACGCUGGAAGAGAAGAGGAAUUUUGCCAAAGUGGCACCCUCGCCAACCCAGUUGCCGGCCAGCGGCUCUCUGCAGUCACCCCUCAAUUUCCUGGCCGAGCAGGCCUUGGCGCUAGGCCAGACCCCGGCAGACAAGAAGGCGGAGGGCUCCGUUUACAAAGAGCCGUCCUGCCCGGCUCCCCCUAACAAGCUGGACACUCACCCAUCCAAGGCCAAACACCACAGCGUGCCGCGCACGGUUCACGGGCCCCAGACGUCAACCCCAGCGCCGGCACCCCCAGUGAAGGUGCCGCCCGUGGGAGGGCAGCAUCCGAAACCUUUCCCACUUUCCCCUCCCUUUGUCAAGGCUGCCUCCCCGCUGCCCCCGCGCCCCCUCCUGUCGCAGCCAGUCAAGGGGCCCGCCAAAGCACCAAGCUUCCACUCUUCUCCGUCGUCAUCCUCGUCAUCUUCAACCAUCUCCCCAGUGUCCAGUAGCUCCCAUAAGACCCCCAGUUCCUCUCCCGUGUCUCUGAGCUACCUGGGGAAGCACUUGAGUGGCUCCGGCUCCACGGCUCCGCCCUACAAGACGCCCUUUGUGGCCCUUUCCCGGCACGUGGCUUCCUCCAGCGCCUCCCUGUCCGCCGGGGCCGCAAACCAGAGCUCCUCCGCUGGCAACCUGCUGCCCGGCGCUUCUCUUCCCUCUCCUGGGCAGGCUCCCAGUCGCUCGUCGCCAAGCUCCGCCGCGGCCAAGAAGACGCCAGUCUCUCAGAAGCUGACGCUGGUGGCUCCUCCGGGGGGGCCGAACGUCAGCUCGAGCGGGGGGACGCAAGGGGUGGCCAAGCUGCUGACGUCCUCCCUCAAGCCAGCCGUGGUGACCAGCACCGCAUCUUCUACCUCGGUGACGAAAGGAGCCAGCGGGGCGGUGCUGCUGACUGGUUCGUCUUCCUUGAGCGUCCUGCCUUCCCCCUACAAGCCCGGCAGUGCCAAGCUUCCGGCCGCUCUCAGCUCAGCCCCGCUGGGCCUCCUGUCGCCCAUCCACUCCUACCCUCUCCACGUCAUCUCCUUCAGCUCCGAGUCCUCCCCCAAGGCUGGGGUGUCGAAGGACGCCAUCGUCACGGGACCGGCCCCGGGGACUUUCCAUCAUGGCCUCGGCCAUGGUCCUUCUCAGCUUCACGGGAAAGGGUCCAGCGUGCAGCCGCGGAAGUUGUGACGGCCAGGGAAAAGGCACCGCUACCCCCAGAGGGAGAUCGGCACGAGGGAAUGAAAGACAUGAGAAUGCCCCUCCGCCUGCCUGAAAAACUGAGCUGCGUGUUCAGACCCACAGCUUUCUGUGGAGACGUGCGCCACGCCGUGGCGGGUUUGGGGGAAGAAAAGCACUUACUGGGCACGGCUCUGGCAGCCGCUGCCGUUUCAUGCAAUUCCGGCUCCAGGGGGCGUGUUUGAGCGGGAAGGGGGGCCAGGUCUGGGGGCCAGGCUCUACAGGCUAUAACCCCCAUGUCCUCGAUUCGCCGGCGGGGUCACGCAAAGGUGCUGUGUCCCGCUUCGGGCUUCCUCGGUGGGCUCAGCGCUCGGCAGAGCUAUUGUGACUCGGUCAGCUGUAUAGGUGUACAUUUCCCCCAGCCUUCCCCCCCCCCAAAAAAAACCCUGUACCUAUAAUACAGAGUUGUGUUCAUAUUGACCAGGAAACCUUCCUUCCUCUGUGGCAGCUUUGUAAAGUCAAAUCAGCUCCUUGGUCCUCCGGGCAGGCGAGUCCUCGGGGCGCACCCAUCGCCAUUCGAACUGAAAUCCGUGAUCUCCUCGGUCGCUCCGUUGUGCGUCCCUACCAUUUUCGUUGUGUGUUUUUUUGGGUUUGUUUGUUUCUGUACGCUCAGCUGUCCCUC